GGCACCAUCUCUCCCUCUCCUGUCUGGUUCCUUCAGUACACUGUCUCCUCCUUACCUCCUUGCUGCAGAAUCAGCACAGACCUGCAGCAGUCCAUGCCCCUCAAGAAAAUGCCCAAGAAUCUGGAGUCCAUGGGCAAAAGGCUUCCAGACCUCGGGGUGAGAGUGGAGGGGAGUGCUGGGAGUUCAGAAUUGCAGACAAAGACAGGGAUUUGUUUGCUGCAGGAUGGUAAUCAGGAGCCUUUCAAAGUGCGGCUGCACCUAGCCAGAGACAUUCUGAUGAUCCAAGAGCAGGAUGUGAUAUGCGUGUCUGGUGAGCCUUUCUAUUCUGGUGAAAGAACGGUGACCAUCAGAAGACAAACAGUAGGAGGAUUUGGAUUAAGCAUAAAGGGAGGAGCAGAACAUAGCAUUCCAGUUGUUGUUUCAAAAAUCUCCAAGGAACAAAGAGCGGAACUUUCAGGACUGCUCUUCAUUGGGGAUGCAAUUCUACAGAUAAAUGGAAUUAAUGUGAGAAAAUGCAGACACGAAGAAGUGGUUCAAGUUCUUCGGAAUGCAGGAGAAGAAGUGACUCUAACAGUGUCAUUUUUAAAAAGAGCACCUGCUUUCCUCAAACUCCCCUUGAAUGAAGACUGUGCAUGUGCUCCCAGCGACCAGAGCAGCGGCACCUCCUCUCCUCUCUGUGACAGUGGCUUGCACCUCAACUACCACCCCAACAAUACAGACACAUUAUCGUGUUCCUCAUGGCCGACAUCUCCAGGCUUGAGGUGGGAAAAACGGUGGUGCGACCUCAGACUCAUCCCCCUGCUCCACUCUCGCUUCUCUCAGUACGUGCCCGGGACGGAUCUGAGCCGGCAGCACGCCUUUCAAGUCACUGCUGUGGACGGGGUCUGCAGUGGCGUCAUCCAGUGCCUCUCUGCUGAAGAUUGCAUGGACUGGCUGCAAGCAAUAGCGACCAACAUUUCAAACCUCACAAAGCACAAUAUUAAAAAAAUCAACAGAAACUUUCCUGUAAACCAGCAGAUCGUCUACAUGGGCUGGUGUGAAAUGCGAGAGCAGGACCCCCUUCAGGACCGAGUGUACUCCCCCGCGUUUCUAGCCCUCAGGGGUUCGUGUCUGUACAAGUUUCUGGCUCCUCCAGUGACCACCUGGGACUGGACCAGAGCAGAAAAAACAUUCUCAGUUUAUGAGAUUAUGUGCAAGAUUCUCAAGGACAGUGACCUGCUGGACCGGCGGAAACAUUGCUUCACUGUGCAGUCCGAGUCGGGGGAGGACCUCUACUUUUCUGUGGAACUAGACUCUGACCUUGCCCAGUGGGAAAGAGCCUUCCAAACAGCAACUUUUCUAGAAGUGGAACGGAUACAGUGCAAGACCUACGCAUGUGUGCUGGAGAGCCAUCUGAUGGGACUCACGAUCGACUUCAGCACCGGGUUCAUCUGUUUUGAUGCUGCAACAAAGGCUGUACUUUGGAGAUAUAAGUUUUCUCAGCUUAAAGGCUCUUCAGAUGAUGGCAAGAGCAAAAUCAAAUUUUUGUUUCAGAAUCCAGAUACUAAACAGAUUGAAGCAAAGGAGUUGGAAUUUUCAAAUUUAUUUGCUGUUCUUCACUGCAUUCAUUCAUUUUUUGCUGCCAAAGUGGCUUGUCUGGACCCUCUAUUUUUAGGCAGUCAGGCGACAGCUUCUGGCGCUGCAGGCUCUGCAACCAUGAGCAAAGCCAAGUACACGGCUUGA